CACAAAUCCUAUCUCUUCCCUCAGCCGACGUUUCUCCAAAAUUCAUUUCAAUUUUUUCUAUCCCAAUUUCACAAAACAAUUCCGACAAUGGGAUCAAUGAAUCUCGUAGACACCUGCGCCGCCAAUUCCGCCGCCAUUUUCCGGCCGGCGCCGCCAAUUCUUCGGAGCGCCUUCGUCGGCGCCGCCAGACUGCCGCCGUGUCCAAUCCGACUGAAAAAAACGAGCAUUGCGCAUUCCGGCGGCGUGGCGGCGAUUCUGACGGAGGAGGACGUGAAACUCGCCGCCGGGAAGGAGGGGCGGCGGGAAUUCGACUUCGGCCGGUACGUGGCGGAGAAGGCGGAGUUCGUUAACGGAGCUCUCGACGGCGCCGUCGUGAUGAGGCAGCCGGCGGUGAUCCACGAGGCGAUGAGGUACUCGUUGCUCGCCGGCGGGAAGCGGAUCCGGCCGAUGCUGUGCAUCGCCGCCUGUGAGAUCGUCGGCGGGGACCCGUCCGCCGCCGUGCCCGCCGCCUGCGCGGCGGAGAUGAUCCACACGAUGUCGCUGAUCCACGACGACCUGCCGUGUAUGGACAACGACGACCUCCGCCGCGGCAAGCCGACCAGUCACAAGAUGUUCGGCGAGAACGUUGCUGUCCUUGCAGGUGAUUCUUUAUUAGCUUUUGCAUUCGAAUUCAUAGCGACGGGGACUAAGGACGUGGCGCCGGAGAGGAUCAUAGCAUGUGUCGACGAAUUAGCAAAGGCGGUCGGGGGCGACGGUUUAGUGGCGGGGCAAGUGGCAGACAUAAAACUCACCGGUAAUAACGCGGACGUGGGACUAGACAUGUUAGAAUUCAUACAUAUCCACAAGACCGCGGUGCUACUGGAGGCGUCGGUGGUAAUGGGGGCAAUUCUUGGGGGCGGAAGCCCCCAGCAAGUGGAUAAGCUACGGAUCUUUGCGCAAAAGAUCGGGUUGCUUUUUCAAGUGGUGGACGACAUACUAGAUGUGACGAUGUCGUCCGAAGAAUUGGGAAAAACGGCGGGGAAGGACUUGGCCACUGACAAGACGACGUAUCCGAAGCUUUUGGGAGUCGAGGGGGCCCGAGAAUUUGCGAAUAAGUUGUGCGAGGAGGCGAAGGAACAGCUGGCGGAGUUCGAUUCGGACAAGGCGGCGCCGCUGGCGGCGCUGGCGGAGUACAUUGGUCGGAGGCAGAAUUGAAGGGUGGUUGUGAUGGAUUGGAAUGUGUGUAUUUUAGGUGUUGCCUUUUUUAAGAAUGUUUGAAUAAUUUGGGAAAACAUGUGAGAGAGAUGAUGUCGUUGUUGCCUUUUUUUUUUUUUUUAAGUGUGUUGCUUAUGGGAAUCAGACUGAUGAUGUUGCCAAUAAAUAAGGGUUUCUUCUUU